AUGGACAAGCUCAAGAACCUCGCCUCCGGAAGCUCCGGCAACACUGCCGCUGCCCCAGGCCAGCAGAAGCAGGAUCCUGUCGAUAAGAUCUUCGACGCUGGCUCCAAGAAGGCUGGACACGACUUCUCUCCCAGCACGGACGAGAAGAUCACCGAUGCUGGUCGCGGAAUCUACGAGAAGGUGACCGGAAAGAAGGUCAACCCUAAGAUUUCCAACUAA